AUGAGUGCGGUGCGUGGACAGCCAGUGGUGCAAGCACGCGGAGAUUACGGUACCCAUAACGGACUUCUGUCCGGGCCGUGUGGCGUGUGGACGGCCCUGGUGCUACCACUCGUCUCCCUCAUCCGGCCAAUUUCUUAUUUAUCCGCCCUCCCCUUCUCUCCUCGCCGCAGAGUGCGAUGCGUGGACAGCCAGUGGUGCAAGGACGCGGAGAUCACGGUACCCAUAACGGACUUCUGUCCGGGCGGCGGCGUGUGCUGCGCGACGUGCACGCACUUCGACCUCAGCCAGCCCGCGUUCGGCAUCAUUGCGGACCCCGUCGCGGGAGUCAUUCCGCUCGCAUACCAGAGGGUGCCAUGCUCCUUCCCCACGUCCAUCACCUUCCGCGUGACUGGCACCAACUACUGGAUGAACGUGCUGCUGCUGCGCGUGGGCGGGCCGGGGGAGGUGGCUCUGGUGGAGGUGUCAUCUAAGAACGACCCCAACUGGCGUCCGCUCACGCACGACUGGGGUACGAAUUGGGUCAGCUGGAGCUAUAUCGAGGGGCCGCUGAAAUUCCGGCUUACGUCGGGGAUGGACGGGGCUGUGAUUACAACGGGGGAGAAUUGCGUUCCGGCGAUUUAUCCUGGGGAUUACACUUGCGGCGCGCAGUUUACGAGUGGGUAUAACAGUUCGGAUACUAACGGGGAUGGUGGGAGUAACAGCAGCGUGGGGAACAGUACAGAUCAACAACCGCCCCUGGAACAACCGCCCCUGGAACAACCGCCCCUGGCACUACAGCCCCUGCAACAACCACCCCUGCCACAACUGCCCCUGCCACAACUCCUGGAACUGAAGGCUCCUCCUUCGGAAGAAGCAGCACUGCUGGUGGCGACCCCGCCACCGGUACUCCCAAUGCUGACGUGUCCCCUGCCGCGUCAGCAUCCUCUCCUGCUCCCGCCAGCCGCAAGGUCAAUGCGGGUGGCAGCAGUGCCAGCAGUCAAAGCGGUCAAGGAAGUCAAGGCAGUCAAGGCGGCAGCAGCAGCAGUGGCAGCAGCAGCAGCAGCAGCAGCAGUAGCAGCAGUGGCAACAUCAAUGAUCCCACCAUCCCCUCAACCGUCAUCCCCCCUCAAACCGGAGAAGACGUUCCUAUAG